AUGUCCAGGCCAGCAGCUGGCGUAAGAAACAAAUCACUCAUCGUCACUCUCCCCGGAUCUCCCAAAGGCGCCAAGGAGAAUCUCCAGGCCAUCGUCAAAACGCUUCCCCAUGCCUGCUUACAAGCAGCUGGUGCCGAUUCGCGGGUCCUUCAUGCCGGAGGGGUCAAGAAACUCGAGGCAGACGCAGGGAUCAGCAGUUCAAAAAGCAAGCAAGGCCAUUCCCACGACCAUCAUCAUCACCAUCAUCACCACGGGCAUGGCCACGGCCACGGCAAUCUCGUCAGACACAGCAAUCCAAAAGCGACAGCCUUAUCAAACGAUCCAACUCUUGGCCCAACUCGUCGGCAUCGUGAAUCCCCUUACCCCAUGAUCUCGGUGGAAGAUGCCCUCGCACUAAUCUCCGAGCACACCCCUGAUCCAGACAUCCACGAACGCCCCGUAACCGACAAGAUCAUCGGCUCCGUGCUGGCAGAGGACGUAAGUGCUCGCGAAAAUGUACCGGCCUUUCGCGCCAGCAUUGUAGACGGAUACGCCGUCGUGGCGCCUAAAGAUGGCACCAUGAAGGGAGUGUUCCCCGUGACAGCCGUGUCGCAUGCUGCCCCCGGCGAAACCAGGGCCCUCACAGAAGGAGAAAUCGCACGGAUUACCACCGGGGCUCCCUUACCACUAGGUGCUACAUCCGUCAUCAUGGUGGAGGAUACGAUACUGAAAACCAUGACGGCAGACGGCAAAGAGGAAAAGGAAGUAGAAAUCCAAGCCGAGGGUGUCAAGGAAGGCGAAAACAUCCGCGAAGUAGGAAGCGAUGUCUCCCAGGGCACCGUGAUCCUCAACAAGGGCGAGCAAAUCUCCGGGGUUGGAGGCGAAAUCGGCCUUCUCGCGUCUGUUGGAGUCGCCGCCGUAAAGGUUUACAAAAAGCCUGUUAUCGGAAUUUUAUCCACCGGUGACGAAAUCAUUGAACAUGAUCGGGCCGGGCCUCUUCGUCUAGGUGAAGUCCGGGACACGAACAGAAUCACGCUCAUUUCCGCCGUCAAAGAAUGGGGGUUUGAAGUCGUUGAUCUGGGCAUCUCAAAGGAUAAGCCUGGCUCAUUGGAAGAGACGCUUCGAAAUGGCCUGCGGCAGGCAGACGUGCUCAUCACCACUGGCGGCGUGUCCAUGGGCGAGCUGGAUCUGUUGAAACCCACCAUUGAGCGGUCCCUCGGAGGCACGAUUCACUUUGGACGAGUGGCGAUGAAGCCUGGCAAGCCCACGACUUUUUCUACCGUCCCCGUCAAGGAUAACAACGGCCAGCGCGUGUCAAAGGUCAUCUUCUCGCUCCCUGGCAAUCCCGCGUCUGCACUGGUGACAUUCCACUUGUUUGUCUUGCCGUCGUUGCAUAAACAAGCCGGUGUGUCGCCAGUAGGAUUGCCAAAGGUUCCUAUAGUUUUAGGCCACGAAUUUUCCAUGGACCCUAGACCAGAGUAUCACCGUGCCAGAGUGACGGUCGGCCAGGACGGCGUGUUGACGGCGAGCAGUACCGGUGGCCAGAGGAGCUCCAAAGUGGGGAGCUUGAGGUCAGCGAAUGCAUUGGUCUGUAUGCCUUCUGGCACGGGGAAGUUGAAGAAAGGCUCUACAGUAGGUGCAUUGUUGAUAGGUGCUCUGCGGACGUCCUAA